AUGAAAAGUAAUAAACAUGGAUAUAAAUAUGAUAUCAGUGAUGAUAAUAAUAAUAAUGGUAAUAAAGAUGAUGUCAGUGAUAAUAAUAAUGAUAAUAAUAAUGAAUAUAUCAGUGAUGAUAAUAAUAAUAAUGGUAAUGAAUAUAUCAUUGAUGAUAAUAAUAUUGGUAAUAAAUAUGAUGUCAGUGAUGAUAAUAAUAAUAAUGGUAAUGAAUAUCAUGUCAGUGAUGAUGAUAAUAAUAAUGGUAAUAACUAUGAUGUCACUGAUAAUAAUAAUAAUAAUGGUAAUAAAUAUGAUGUCAGUGAUGAUAAUAAUAAUAAUAUUGGUAAUAAAUAUGAUGUCAGUGAUGAUAAUGAUAAUAAUGGUAAUGAAUAUGAUGUCAGUGAUGAUAAUAAUAAUAAUGUUAAUAACUAUGGUGUCAGUGAUAAUAAUAAUAAUAAUGGUAAUGAAUAUGAUGUCAGUGAUAACAAUAUUAAUAAUGGUAAUAAAUAUUAUAUCAGUGAUGAUAAUAAUAAUAUUGGUAAUGAAUAUGAUGUCAGUGAUGAUAAUAAUAAUAAUAAUGGUAAUAACUAUGAUGUCAGUGAUGAUAAUAAAAUAAUGGUAAUAAAUAUGAUUGAUGAUAAUGAUAAUAAUGGUAAUAAUUAUGAUGUCAGUGAUGAUAAUAAUAAUAAUGUUAAUAACUAUGGAGUCAGUGAUAAUAAUAAUAAUAAUGGUAAUGAAUAUGAUGUCAUUGAUAACAAUAUUAAUAAUGGUAAUAAAUAUUAUAUCAGUGAUGAUAAUAAUAAUAUUGGUAAUGAAUAUGAUGUCAGUGAUGAUAAUAAUAAUAAUAAUGGUAAUAACUAUGAUGUCAGUGAUGAUAAUAAAAUAAUGGUAAUAAGUAUGAUUGAUGAUAAUGAUAAUAAUGGUAAUAAAUAUGAUGUCAGUGAUGAUAAUAAUAAUAAUGGUAAUAAAUAUGAUGUCAGUGAUGAUGAUUAUAAUGGUAAUAACUAUGAUGUCAGUAAUGAUAAUAAUAAUAAUGGUAAUAAAUAUGAUAUCAGUGACGAUAAUAAUAGUAAUGGUAAUAAAUAUGAUGUCAGUGAUGAUAAUAAUAAUAUUGGUAAUAAAUAUGUCAGUAAUGAUAAAAAUAAUAAUGGUAAUAAAUAUGAUAUCAGUGACGAUAAUAAUAGUAAUGGUAAUAAAUAUGAUAUCAGUGAUGAUAAUAAUAAUAAUGGUAAUAAAUAUGAUAUCAGUGACGAUAAUAAUAGUAAUGGUAAUAAAUAUGAUAUCAGUGACGAUAAUAAUAGUAAUGGUAAUAAAUAUGAUAUCAGUGAUGAUAAUAAUAAUAAUGUUAAUAAAUAUGAUGUCAGUGAUAAUGAUGAUAAUAAUAAUCAUACUUGUAAUAAAUAUGAUUUCAGUGAUAAAAAGUAA